AUGGCGGGUAUCUUUCGAACGAUCUAUGACUGGCUUCUGAGGAUGUUUUGGGCAACGGAGAUGGAUGUCACGAUGAUUGGGCUCCAAAAUGCAGGAAAGUCUUCUUUGUUGCGUGUUCUUGCGGGCGGCGAGUUCACUGUAGAUUCGAUCCCUACCAUUGGGUUUAACACAAAGCGUGUCCAAAAAGGACAUGUGACUCUGAAGUGCUGGGAUUUGGGGGGUCAGCCGCGAUUCCGACCGAUGUGGGAGCGGUAUUGUCGAGGCGUGAAUGCGAUCGUUUACAUUGUGGAUGCAGCAGACCGCGCCGCUCUGCCAGUUGCGACGGAAGAGCUGCAUGACCUGAUGAAAAAGUCCACGCUCGAUGGGAUCCCGCUCCUCGUGCUGGGAAACAAAUCGGAUCUCCCCAAUAAGUUGUCGGUGGAUGAUCUGAUCGAAGCGAUGGACUUGAAAUCCAUUACCCACCGGGAGGUGAGCUGCUAUGGUAUCAGCGCGAAAGAAGAGACCAAUCUCGAUGCAGUCCUGCACUGGUUAAUCGCGCGCGCCAGCCGAUAG